GCGCUCAUUACACGCUAGUCCUUUACUACUGGAGCAUCACAACUGAUCCCGCAGCUACCCUUCAGCUCUCGCUAUCAAAGCAACGUAAACUAAAGCGGUUUGAAGGGAACGAGAGGAAUAUAUUAGACUCUCAACAGAACAAAGAACGCGGGCUGAUUUCAAAGGGUCAGACAAACUAUUUAAGAAUAAAUGAAGUCAAGAAAAUAGGGAAUACACCAAGGCCUCCUGCCCCUGUUGGGUCUGAGGUGCAGUAGCACGUGGACAGCUGAGAAAUGAAGUCCAUUCUGAAACAGUGGCGACAGCUUGCCCUUGGGCUUAUGCUGCUCUGGGUGCUGCUCUUCUUAUUUCUCCUCUCCUACUUUAUGGAGUCACGAGUGGAUGAGACACAUUCUACGGGUGGCCUUACUUAUACGGACACCCGCCGUCUGACCUCACUGCAAGGUAACCCCCGCACCAUUAUGGCAACCCAUUUGGGGCUUGCCACCUCAUCUAUGCCCCCUGCUUCCAGUGAUACCCAAAAGGAGCAAAACCAGGAUGAAAAUCCCAGUGCCACCCAGCCUAGUCCACUCAGCCAGGAGGAAUACCCCUAUCCAGACCCUCAGAGCCUGGCAGCCUGGUCCUCAUUUGGCACCCAAGACGUGGGCUCAAGAUCAGGCGCUGUGAGUUUCAAUCGUGAACGACAAGAGUACAACCAGGAUUCACCUCAAAAGGUUGAAGACGACGAUGAGGAGAUGAUGGGUGGGGAAGAAGAUGAUGAUGAAGUUGGAGAGGAGGACAGGAGGAUGACGAAAAUUAAACGGGCCACAGUGACUAGGCGGGAUAACUCCAACCCAGAUGAGUACUACAUGCCAAGAUCAAAAUCCGAAGUACAUGGACUUUGGAGAGGGAAUUUGUCAGUGGGCAUGCUUAGUCCACGUCUCCGGAGAGCAAUGAAAGACUACCUGAAUAAUAAUAAACACUCUGUGGCCUACAAGGGGCACCGGAAGGCUCAACAGAGCAGCCAAAACAUACUGUGUGAGCUGAAGAAGAGAGGGAAGGUUAGAACUUUGGAUGGGGCCGAGAUGCCUUUUUCAAAAUUAGGCUGGGAGAAGAUUGUACCUGCCUUACCCUUAAGCCAGCUCUAUGGGCCAGGCUUCCAGACCUGUGCGGUGGUCACCUCUGCUGGAGCCAUGCUCCACUCUGGACUUGGCAAGGAUAUUGACGCCCAUGAUGCAGUUCUGCGGUUUAAUGCAGCGCCUACUGAGGGUUAUGAAGGAGACGUUGGAAAUAAAACCACCGUACGCAUCAUCAACUCUCAGAUCCUGGCUAAUCCCAAGCAUCAGUUCAACACUAAUUUAUUAUAUAAGAAUGUAACACUGGUGGCGUGGGACCCCGCUCCAUACACCCUUAACUUGAACAAAUGGUACUCUAAUCCAGAUUACAACCUGUUCACACCAUACAAGGAAUACCGGAUGCAAUUCCCUGCUCAGCCUUUUUAUAUCCUGCAUCCUAAAUACAUCUGGCAGUUAUGGGAUGUGAUCCAGGGUAACAAUCUAGAGAACAUUCAGCCCAACCCACCCUCCUCAGGGUUCAUAGGCAUCCUGCUAAUGAUGUCAUUAUGUGAAGUGGUCCACGUGUAUGAGUAUAUUCCUUCACUAAGACAGACUGACCUGUGCCACUACCACGAGCAUUACUAUGACGCAGCUUGCACUCUGGGUGCUUACCACCCCCUGCUCUAUGAGAAGAUGCUCAUCCAGCGCAUGAAUGUCGGCUCCGAGGACGACCUCAAGAGGAAAGGCAAGGUCACACUCCCUGGUUUCAAGAACAUCCACUGUGAGCCCAGAUCCCAGAUAAAGACGCAAUAACUGCCUUUGCAAAGCAGACGAGGUCUGCAGACAUAUGCUGCACUAUGCAAAGUCGGACUUGCCAGCUGGUUUGAAUUGACCAUGUUGUAAGACUGUGGAUGGACUUCUGCGGGGCAAAACCAUGUGGUGUAGGUCACUUAAUGCAUUUCCUGAGCCUUUGUUAAAAAAGAUGGUUAGAAUAGCAAUAGAGGUUUCAUGCGAAUUCAUUAGAAAUAUGUUGAUGUUUGUGUUGCCAAAAGCCAACAACAAAAAACAUUGUUACUUUUUUAUAUGAAAAACUCAGUCAUCAUCACUGAAAGCAGCACUGUCAAAACGAGCAUUCACACAAACUCACAAUGACAUAGGCACCAACUCUUUCAUAAAAAAUUUUUCAUAACUGUGGUAAAUGAUUUCUUCCUACUCUGCUUUAAAGUUAGAUUCCUCUAUUUGUAAUAGCAAAGGCAGAAUCAUUUACUCAAACAAGUUGUGUAGUCCUCUUAUUGAACAAGUCCGCAAAAAGGAGCUUUUGAAAAAAAAAAAGAUUGAUUCAAUAAAGGAAAAUGACAGUUGGCCUAAUUUUUUGUUCUUUUUUAGCCAUUUUCUACUUUAAAGAAUCUGUUGUCAUAGGCGAUUUAUAUAGAGGGUUCUCCUUUUCAGAAUAAGUGUUGGUUAAGGAUUGAAUGCUUGUACUGUGGAUUAAUUGCAGCACUGUAAAUAUUAUCUGGGACUUUAAGGCUGCUUGGCAAUAUAAAACUUACAGUGGUGUUCUUCGAUUAAUAUAAACCGAGGUAGCCUGGUCUUUUUUUAAUGUCUUGUAAUUCCUAAAAAUAAGAGGUUUUCUUGACUCCUGCUGGAAUCUUCUUUAAAGCGAAUGAAUUACUAAGGCAUCUUUGCAUCGUCUUCUCUUAAAUGUGCAGUUGUUUAUUUGAAUUGAUUCACUCUGUGGUUUGAGGUGGAUGUACAUAGACUUUUUUUUUAACAGAAGGAAAAACUUGAAGGUUUGUUAAUUAAUCGUUUGCAUUGUUUUAAUGUGUGCCAUUUAAUUGAGACAGAAAACUUUCACAAGCUAUUUUUUUCUCUAGAUCUGUUAAGGAGAGCUAAAGUCUGUUUUAAUUGUUGUUGUAUAUUGUAGAAGUAAACUAGUACAGUAAUUGAUGAUUUCACUCAGGAGCUAAAAAUACUCUGAAAUUUGGGUUUUCACCAGAGAGACAUUUUUUUAUCUUCCUUGUUGUAUAGACUGAGGAACGUAAAGCUAAUAUUCAACAUUUCUCUGUCUUGUUUCACCAUGUUGGGGUUUUGUAGAUGUAUAGAAAAUGGUCAGUGAUUAUUUCAUUUAACUUUUAUUUUUAUUUUACACUGGAAUAUUGAACAAGUUGGAUGUAAUAUACCAUAUACCCUACACAUACCACUGUUAUUAAAGCAACUAUAAGGCUCUGUUCCGAAACCUAAUGAGCUUCCUACUGUUUUAAGGCAGCACCCUAACAAAAAUGGAACCUCAUAUCAGAUUGAUUUGUGACUACAUUGGCAGCAAAUAUUUCAGUGAAAUGCCUGGGAGACUCCACUCGAAUUGAUUGAGAGUUUGCA